GUGCAAUGAAAUCAAAUAGUAUACAUAUUUUGUGAUUUGAUUGUCAUUUACGUCCAAAAUCAGAUCAAUACUUCUUCUCCCGACUAGCUGUUUAAAAACAAAAAUCGAUCAAAAUGGUACCGGAGUCGGGUCCCCUUGUGACAACGUCGAAGCGGCGCGUGGUGUACCGGCGGAGCACCUGGUCCGUGCACGAGUUCGAGGUGUGGAGCGGCGAGCUGGUGUGUCGCGUGGCUGCGCUGCGCAUGAAGGGCUCGAUGCUGCUGUGGCUCGGUGGCACUAGCCCGGAGCUGGGAGAGCUGGCGUUAGGUCUGCCGGUUUCUGAACGGGGCGCGCUCGCAACGUCGCUGAGCGACGAGAAAGCAGGCGACGGCGCGGCCGGCCUAGCACGACGCCUAGCGCUCGCCUUACAGCGUCCAAUUUGGGUGGCUGCAUCACUCCCUUUCGACCGUUUUUCAGCGCCGCUUAUUGCACGCGGACUGGUUAAGGAGAUCAAGAGUCGCCCAGAUUUCUUCAAGGAGCCUUGAAGACGUGGUAAAUAAGUUGAGUGUUACUGCACUGUUUUGGGGAUAGAAGUGGGACUGUGGGAUGAAAUGGU